UAUGUAGCACAUUUUAAUUAUUUUUCUUGAUAUAUAGUGUUUUAGUUUUUCAAAUACAUUUUUAUAUUAGCCUGUUGGGCCCUACCUUGGAGUGUUUCCCUUCCCCCUCGCUGUGCCUUUCAGCCUGCUGUGGCCAAAAGUUGUUUACACUCUUGGCAGCUGCUCUCGGCCCCUGAUUUGGGGCCAGGACCUUCCAUGGCACCCAUUCCUCUUGCUGAGCCUUUCAGCUUAUUGAUGUUAAGAAGUUGUUUAUGCCCCUCUGUUGCGGCCAGGACUUGCCACGAUGCAGACUUCUCCUGUUUUCUUACUUUCCUGGUUGGGGAUUUUCACCUGCUUUAUUGUUUUUCCACGGCUUUUGCCUCUGGUAUAUAAGGAGAUCUCAGUAAAGCCCGGAGAGCAUUCUUUUAACACGAAUGACCCAAGUGUGUGUUUCUUCUUAACUCUUAAUAGGCCUAUGCCCGGUCCUCAGUGUCCUGAUGACACAGGCAUCAUCAAAUGGAGGUCCCACCAAGAUCGGGAAAGAGAGGACAACCUGACGAGAUGGUCCCAGGAAGCCCACCAGUGUAGGAGGGACACAUUGGGGAAAAUGGGCCAGGAAAGGUCCCAGUAAGCAGGAUACAGAAGGACCGUGGGAAUUGAAAGCACAUGCAAAAGAAAAUAAAGAUUUGGGAUAGUGGUGAAUAAACCUUGUAAAAAGGGACAAGGUAAUAAUGGUAAAAUGUUUUUGUGUACGUGUUCUUUUAGAGUUAUGCUAAAAUCUAGAGAAGCAAAGUCAAUUCUCAUAGAUGCUUUUAGUCUUUGGACCCUGAUUAGAGACAGUUUACACCCUAGACAAGAGAGAAAAUGGUUUGAGAAAAACAGUCCUCCCAGACUCUCCACAGAUGCUUUGGCAAAAGAAGGAAAAUGAGAUUAAGCUUUUUAAGAGCUCUCCUAGGGACAUCCUGCCUCCUUGCUGACUCCUAUUAGAGAAGUGCUUAUUUCUGGUUCUGGGUCCGUUAAGAAGAAUAUCUGGGUCCUUUUGGUGGGACACCAUCUAGCUCCUUCCCUCUAUGUGUAUUGUCUGUCCUUGUUGCACCAAGCUGUCCACGGAUGUCAAUUUAUGUCUGGGUUUUGCUUCUCGUUGCUUGAAUGUUUUGUGUUUCAUGCUUAAAAGAAAAAAUGGUGAAAACUUUAAAUGCUGGUUGAUUCCCCCCUUGAUUUAGUUUUAAGUCCUUUCAAGAAAAGAACAAAUAAAUAAAAACAGUUUCAAUUGACCUUUGGAGCCCUGCAUCCUAGAUAACUGGUUAUCUCUGGUGUUAACUGUCAUGUGUGUCUCUGACUGGAUCCGGCCUCAAUGGAGGAAGGUAGCUAGGAGCCUAGGUCUGUCCACUGGGGAAGCUCCCCAGGGGGCUGGCUAAAUGUCUACACUAGCUGGUCUUAAAAGUGCCAGUAGCUUCAAAGCUACUAUGGUAAGGGAGCUGGUGUCUGUUUCUCUUAGAGAAAUCUGUGACUGUGAUUAUUGGAUUCAACAGGUAACAAGGUGCUUCAUUUAAAAUGAUAGCUACAAAAAGUAAAAAUGGUAAUUGAUCUAAAUACUAAAGAUAUGUAUAAUCACUUCAUUUUUUUCUGUUUGGUUUUAAAUGUAUAAUACGCUCUACAUGUCUUGGCUAUAGGUUACUGGCUUUUUUUUUUUUUUGGUUCUUUUUUUCUGAGCUGGGGACCAAACCCAGGGCCUUGCGCUUCCUAGGCAAGAGCUCUACCACUGAAUUAAAUCCCCAACCCCAGGUCACUGGCUUUUAAGUUAUUGGGUAUGGUUAAAAUUUUUAACAUUGGUAACAGAAAGUUGGCUUAAAACUGGAGUCAUUGUAGACAACACGUGGCAUGAGCCAAGCCAGGGAAACAGGUCUAGAUUGGGAUAAUAUUUUAAUAUAACUCAUGGAAACCGGACUUUAAAAGAAUUUAGGGAAAUGUCUCUUUGCUGAGGUAUUAGAGCCUGCACCAUCGUUCCUUCAUAUGCAAGGCUUGGCUGCCAUACUUUAUAGCAUGAGGAAUGGACUUGGUGUUUUGGAGAGACUGGAUUUUGGAGGAUAGAUAGUUUGGUGGAGGGUGAGUUUUGCUUUCCAAAGUUAUGGCUGUGCUCUGGGGUUAGGAGGGAAACUUAAAGAUUGUGGUUAAUGAUUGCCAGUGUUACACUGACUACAGUUUACAGUCUGAUCCCAGACAGACUCGGGAUUCUAACUCACACAUAUUUGUGCUUAAGAAAAAAUCAAACAGGUGGAGACUGUGACAAGGGUUGAUGGGUCUAUGGAACUUAUAAGAGCAUUACAGCCUGGUUGCUUACUGCAACUGCUAUUUCAAGAAAUACAUAUAGAAUGAUUAUAGGUUUAAGAGAUUGUUUUUAUGCUGUUUCUUGCACUCUUGGGUUGUUGUGAAAUAUUUCAUUUCUUGUGUUUCCUUGGGUUUUGUUUGACUUGACCAUACAUGUGUAUGGCUUUUCGAAAGAAAAAUGUAUUCAUUUUUAUUUAUUUUGGUGAAUUGUUCUUUGGCUGACUUUUGUCUGUGGUUCAUCUGAAUGCAGUUCCCUCGGUGGCCAGAGGAGGGCACCAGAUACCGAGUUAUAAAUGAUGGUUAAGCACCCUGUAGGUCCUCUUGAGUGAAGCCAGCAGGUUGCCCAGGUCCAACUCCAGUUCUAGCUCCCUGUGCACCAUGAUGUGCUAAAGCUUCUCUACUUCCUCCUGCUCUUCCUUGGCCAGCAGCACCUCUGCAUUUUGCCCCUCCAUGGCUCUGGCUUGGGUCUCAGUUCCCUCACUUUUGGGGAUUUUAACUUUAAGAAUGGACAGAAAGAUUACAAUUUGAUAUUUGCCCUAUACCUGAGAAGCAUUUUGCCAGGAAAAGGGAGUUUCCAUUGCACAAAAUGGGAUGGUAAGACAGAGAUUUCAGGAAAAAACAUGGGUGAAUAUAUUGAAACCAUGCCCCCUCUCAAGGUACACUCCAUGAAACAACAUACUCCAGCUUGCAUACAUUUAAAGGUGUAGGAAAAAAAUAUUGGCCUCUGGAGAACAGUAAAAAUUGUGGGAAUUGGACUAUUUGUCACAUGCAUGGACCCUGGGUUUAUACAUUUCAGGAAGAAGAAUAUCCAUCAUCCACGGUCUUUAGAUCUAUGGCUGUUAACAAAGAUGUUCUAUCCAUUUCAAGGCCUGAUACAACUCUCCCUCUCCUCAGCAACUGAGUUGUAAUGAAGCAGUGAGAACUCUGAAGCUCUGGAAGGAGAGUGAGCGAAUGGGUGUUCCUGGCUCAAAAGUGAGUCUCUGGAAAACCACUGCAGAACCUGGUCAGUCUGGUAGAGGUAGUUAGCAAGUAAGCUAUGGCAUUUCCCAGUGACAUCACCGGUAGUGUCUUCCCUGGAAAUUCUCUUGUAUCCAGGAGACACUAGAAUGUUCUGUGAUGUCACCAGUGUUGUGGUGACACCAACUGCCUGAGCGAUUUCCCUUCUUUUCCUAAUGUGUUCCCGAGGAGGCAUGUUCUCCAGGAUCCUCAGUCUCUUUCGGAGGGACAAUCAUAUCCAUGCAGGCACCAGACCAAGGCAGAGGGAGGCCAGCCCUCCAUCACGUUGGAGAAGAAGACGAAUGGAAAGGUCCUUGAGGAGGUCAAAGUCUGAUCAGAAGGCAUCAUCCCAACCCUCCAUGACACCUGUUGAGGAGGAGAGAAUGAAGCGUCUGGAGAACAUCAAAAUUGCUCUCCAGAAGAUGCAGAAGGAGAGAGAUGAACUCAGGAGAAUCCUGGCAGAUUACCCGGGAAAGAAUUUAAAUGACAGGAACAACUUUGAGUCCGAGAUGCUCAUGAAGCAGCACGAGGAAGUGAUGACCGACAUGAAGAAAAUGAGCGAGCAGGUCAAUAGAGCUUUGGUCAAAUGUACACACCUCACACUGGAAAAUGACUGGUACUGCCGCAGCUUCUGCCCCCUCCUAACUGAGUUGUUUGAGCUGAAGAACAAUGCCCAGAGAGCACGGCAUGAGAACAGGGAGCUUCUAUGGGAACAGAUUGCACUGGAAGAGUCCAUUAAGGAAACAACAAGGAUCUGUGGGGAAGCCAGUAUGAAAAUCCGUGUAAAAAGCAACCUCAGGUCUGAACACUGCAGCAGAAGCUUUCCCAGGGCACAGAGCAGGAUUACAGCUCUCAGAGACAGAACUGUCCACCAGGAGCACUGAGGGUGCAAAGAUUGACACCACCUCCCACAUCUCAGUCCUUGUAACCAUACCAAUCUUGGGCUAAAUUUGAAAGACCUUGAGAUGUGGCCUGGAACACGCCUCACGUUUAACCUUUUGACGACUUGUCCAUCAACAACCAACCACUCCGAGUGAGGCAGGUCUACAUUCAUCUUGAGGAGAUUUUUACCAUCUUACCUGCCGUUCUGCUGUGUUUGCAAGGCCAGCAACAGGCUGGAGUUAUAUGUUGAAGAAUCAGCAGGAAUUGAAUGCUGACUAAUUUACUUGUUAUAUUUGUUUUUAGUUUGAAGUUUUGUUUUAUGCAUUUGGUUUUAUUUGUUUACGUUUGAAGUUUUGUUAUUUAUUUGUUAACUUUAGUUUUUUAAUUAAUAUGCUAUAUUCUUAAGGCUAUAUACAUUGAACUCAUUGACUCCCCACUUUAAAAUGUUCUCGAAUAAAUUAAUUUUUGCCAAUAAAUAAAAAUGUGACCUUUAACCCUUCACUCACAA